AUGAAACGUUCAGAGUUCGACGAGGAGGGCAGUUCAGUCCCUCUCGUUGAGCAAUUCACAGGAGUUGGCAUCAAGGUCUCCUUCAGUGGAAAGGUUUCGGAGACAAAGGAAAUGCAGCAGUUAUCUGGAGGACAGAAGUCUCUGGUUGCUCUGACUCUGAUAUUCGCUAUCCAGAAGUGUGAUCCUGCUCCCUUUUACUUGUUUGAUGAGAUCGAUCAGGCGCUGGAUCCUCAACAUCGUAAAGCUGUCGCAGAGUUGAUAAGCAAACAGUCGGACACGUGCCAGUUCAUUACAACAACAUUCCGUCCUGAACUUGUCCAGGCAGCAAACAAGCACUACGGAGUGAUCUAUCGCAGCAAGGUGUCCCACAUCCAGCAAGUUACCAUGGAGGAAGCUCUGGACUUCAUCGAGGAUGAAGCACCUGACAAAUAAACACCCA